GAGAGGGUCUCGCCCGGCUCUACGUCACUUGUGUGCGACGGCGCCUGCGCUGGACACCAUGCUGUCAGCCCAGCGGCGAGGUCUGGUGUUCCUACGGCUGCGGCGCCUCAGGAGGUGGCUAGGGCUCGGAACUUCUUCGUUCCUGCGGGGCCUUGGGCGAGAGCCCUUGCAGACAGCCCGGUCACUGUGUUGCGAAUCCUCGCCUAGAGACGCACGAGACGGAGAGGGAUGGCGCGAAGCGUCACGGAGCAAAGCCCCCAGCACAGAGUCGCCUCCAUCUCUCCCUCUGCGCGUCCGAGGCACUGGGAUCGGAUGUCUUUCGUCACUGGAAGUCCUCAGACUGCCGACGCCAGAAGAGGAGUCACCCUCUCGAGAGCGCGAGGACUCGAGCGGAGACCAGGACCAGCCCGGUCCCGCCCACCAGGGAUCCAGGGGUCCCUUGCCUCCCUCCUUGGCCCAGUCUGUGACCGAGGUAGAAGAGCUUCCUGGCCCCUCUUCCUGGCCAGUUUCCAGGGAGGGGCCCUUUCGCGUUGGGGAGCUGAUCUUAGCUGAGACUGGGAAGAGAGAAACACAAUUUAAAAAAUUAUUUAGGUUGAGUAACGCCGGACACUUGAAUAGUAGCUGGGGGACUGUCCCGUUCAGCGAGAUCGUGGGAAAGUUUCCCGGCCAGAUACUGAGGAGUUCUUCUGGUAAGCACCUCAAGCUGAGGAGGCCGGCAUUGGAAGACUAUGUAUUACUGAUGAAAAGAGGGCCUGCCAUAACGUAUCCUAAGGUAGCUUUGGACAUGUUGAAUCCUCAAGUUGCUUUGCCUGUUUUAUAUCCAAAUCUUAAACAGGGUGGUGUGUGUGCUGUAUAUCUAGCGAAUAUCACACAGGUUAUUGAACUUUUAGAUGGAAUUCGCAUCUGUGAACUUGCUCUCUCAUGUGAAAAGAUAAGUGAAGUCAUUGUCAGAGAUUGGUUGGUUUGCCUCGCAAAACAGAAAAAUGGAACUUUAGCUCAAAAAAUAGAACCUAAAAUCAACACAGAUUUACAAUUACAUUCUCAAAAGAAAAUUAGAAUUGAAGGUGAGAUGUUUCAAGAGGAUGACCAUGGUGAGAAGAGUCACAUUCUGAUUUUCCAUACGGAUCAUUUCCCUAUAUUGCUAGACCUGUACACUGGCAAACUGGUCAUACAGGUGAGUGAUGUUUUCAGGCCAUAUUAAAUGUUGUUUUCUUCUAAUUUUGUAAUGACCUUACUUUUUUGUCUCCUUAAAUUAGCUUUUCUUGUCAAGCUGAGGAAGUUUAAACCACCACAUAACUGAGUACCUCAGAUGACAGCAACUGAUUAGAAGAUGGAAAAGUACCAAAAUAGAACUUUAUAUUGUGAAUCACUACUUUCAUAGGUUGGAAUUGUUAGCUAUUACUAUGAAUCGUAUAACUUUUACAUACAAUUUUGAAAAAUAACAAAAGCUAAAGGAAGAUGUGUAACAUUUCAAAACUGUUUAAAUGUCCCAUUUGACACUUGUCUUUUAGUUAAUUUGACAUUUUGUAGUUAAUGAUUCCAAGUUGGUUUAGUUGAGCCAUCUCAUUCUUCACUUCCUGUAAACCACUCCAUAGAUUUGUCUUUCUUCAUAAAAUUAGUUUUCUUUUCUUUCUUUGAUUGAUGGUCAUUGGCUACCAAAAUAAAAUAUGCAUUUUAAGAUAAAUUUUAUGUAUCUGUGUAUUUUAAGUACAUAUUUUAAUGGCUUGUAUCUAUCUUAAAAAGUAAUCUGGGUUAUAGUAAAUAAUAGGAAGAAAACUGAUAAUGAUAUAACCAUCUUAAAAAUUAUAACAAAAGGGGGCGCCUGGGUGGCUCAGUUGGAU